CUGAUCACCAUCACACCUGGCCCCAAAGAACCAAAUGCCAAGCAGCUACAACCCUUCCUCCAGCCUCUUGUCAACAAUCUUCUGCAGCUCUGGCAAGAAGGUCUUGUUGUCAAGAUGCCCAAACACCCUGAAGGUGUACAUAUGGGCAACACAACCAUAUUACAGAUCUUCACUGAUCUGUAA